ACAAAAACAAAAUGGCUGAAACGAAAACAUUGAUAUUUGCAAUAUAUAUUUUUUAGGAGUUGUGUUCUUAAAAAUGGGUAUACGUGGAUAUUUUGUUGUAUGCGUCAUUAUUAUAUUGCUUAUACCAAAUGUGCAAGGUCUGAUCUGCCUUUGUGAGUAUGAGAACUGUCCAGAGAACAAGACGUGCUACACUGACGGGGCAUGCUUUACCAACAUCUUCAAAGAUGGUGACAAGUUUGUCUACCAGUUCAACUGUAAGAACAAGGCGAACCUGGUACCUGAGGGUCGACCGUUUGAGUGUCAGACGUCGAUCGGGGCGAGCUAUGAGACGAAGGUGGAGUGUUGUUAUGAGGACAUGUGCAACAUGAAGCUCAAACCAUCGGUCAAACCCCUCCCUGAGGAACCAGAUUCCCCAGUAGAUGGGAAAACCGAGCUUGGCAUCGCAGAGUUAGUCGGGAUUACAGCUGGUCCCAUAGUACUACUGUGUACAGUGUUUGUGGUCUGCUUCAUCCUCUAUCAUCGGCGGCAACAGAAGCGCCAGGGCAUGUUCACCCAGCGUGACGCUGUGCCCAUAGACACGCCCCUCCUCACGGACGGGCACCAGAGCACCCUCAAUGAGAUGAUGAUGGACUAUUCGGGCUCCGGAUCAGGUUUGCCCCUGCUGGUUCAGCGCACCAUAGCCAGGCAGAUACAGCUGGUGGAGAUUCUGGGCAAGGGUCGGUACGGGGAGGUGUGGAUGGGCAAGUGGAAGGGGGAGUGUGUGGCCGUGAAGAUCUUCUCAUCCCGGGACGAACGCUCCUGGUUCCGUGAGGCUGAGAUCUAUCAGACGGUGAUGCUGCGCCAUGAGAACAUCCUGGGCUUUAUAGCAGCUGAUAAUAAAGACAAUGGCACAUGGACUCAGCUGUGGUUGGUGACAGACCACCACGAGCAGGGCUCGCUGUUUGACUACCUCAACCGUACCCCUGUCAGCUCCCAGGCCAUGGUGCGCAUGUCCCUCUCCAUUGCCUGUGGGCUGGCACAUCUGCACAUGGAAAUCAUGGGCACACAGGGCAAGCCCGCUAUAGCCCACCGUGACUUGAAGAGCAAGAACAUCCUGGUGAAGAACAACGGACAUUGCUGCAUCGCUGAUCUGGGACUGGCAGUAAGGCACGACUCAAUCACAGAUGCCGUGGAUAUCGCCCCUAACAAUCGUGUCGGCACAAAGCGCUACAUGGCACCAGAGGUCCUGGAUGAGACGAUCAACAUGAAUCAUUUUGAGUCUUUCAAGAGAGCCGACGUGUACUCCUUUGGCCUGGUCCUGUGGGAAAUUGCCAGGCGAUGCUCCAUUGGGGGCAUCUAUGAGGAUUACCAGCAGCCGUACUACAACAUGGUACCUGCUGACCCUUACCUGGACGAGAUGAAGAAGAUUGUGUGCACUGAGAAACGCAGGCCAGAUAUACCCAACAGGUGGCAUACACACGAGUCGCUGCGUGUGAUGGCGCGUGUGAUGAAGGAAUGCUGGUACCACAAUGCAGGCGCCCGCCUGACUGCUUUGAGAAUCAAGAAGACCCUUGACAGUCUCAGCUCCCAAGGAGACGUGAAAGUGAGCACAGUGGACUCGGGUCUCGAGCCUGUGUGAGCCCUCUCCAUGCCUGCUGGCCCCUAAGGGGCUUGUGGAAUGUGUCAGGGUUUAGGGUCUUUUUGGGGGAAAUUACAGGGUGAUGUUCUAUAUUGUUUAUUAUAGUAAUAGGCCUUUAAGUCAUGCCUUUGAUCAAACAGAGAAAAAUGACAUGAAGCACUUAAGUGGAAAAAAAGAUUUUUUAAGCAUGAACAUAGUAAUAUGGUCCCUAAAAAAGCAAGGCAAAUGUAGUGUGAUAUUUAUCAAUGUACCGGAAUACCACAUAACUAGGUGUAAAUAUUAAAAUCAUAAUUUGAUACUUUUCAUUGUGUAGGUUUAACAUUAGCAGGAAACGGGCUUACUUUUGAAGUUUUGCCAUGUAUGCAAAUUCAUUGAAUGAUAGAUGUGGCAUACAAUUGUUUUACAUUCAACACCACCCUGUAUAUCAUGUGAUACUUGACCUUUCCCUGUUGAUUCUUGAUGUUGCUUAGCAGCAACUGGUUUAAUGUUGAUGCUGCUUUUUGUGACAAUUGUUUGGCAAGUGGCGUUUUAUGUGACAGUGAAAAACUGACUGAAAGUUUUGAAGUACUUUAUAACGUGUCGGUGUUUUAAGUUGUACUAGUACCCAAGUGAUUUUAUGUAUAUUUGGUGUUUUUAGUGUUUUAAGAACAAACUUUUGAAUGGGAGAUUUUCAAAUUUGGUGCCAUAAAAUGCCGUUUUGUAGAAAUGCUUUCGUAUGAUUUUUUAUGUUAACAGUAUAUCUUGAGGAUCUUUGUUUCAUCUUAGGAUAAAAAAGUUUUACUGUACAAAUAUUAUUAUUAAUUAAAGUAUUUUAAAUUUUAAAAUAUCUAAUUAUAUUUUGCUUUGAGAAUUGUUUAAUGAUUUUAUGUGUUAAUGCACACAACAGUGAAAAUGCCGUUAUUGCGCAAUCAAUAAUUUUAGUGUACAAGUUAUAUUGUUAUGGAUAAUAAAUCAAGUAUUGGCUGUUAAAAUAACCGCUAUUAGGAUGUUGUAUUGUCAUAUAAGUGUUACAUUGUAUUAUUUUUAACACUUUCCCACUUAGAAGAUAAGUGCAAAUGGCUAUGUGCAAACAGCAUAAAACCAGAACAGCCUGUGAGUAACUGGCAAUCUGUUCAGGUUUUAUGCUGUUUGCUGCUCAUCAGUAUCUAAAGUUCGGAGAUGAAGCCUCAAAAACUUGAAUCUAGUAAGAAAAGUCUUAAAUAAAAUAUAACUUUCUAAGGGACUACAAAUGCUUGAAAAUACGUAAUUUAGUGGUAAAGGGUUAACUGAGCUGUGUCAUUCAAAAUGGGUCUAAUGCCAUAUGUGGCCUGCAGAGCGUAAAACCAUCCUGGAGCUACCAUGUAUGCUUAUGCAGGUUUUUUCUAGCCGUUUUGGGAAAAGGAGUCUAGUCUAUUUGGAUGUUUUAAAUCGAUAAAAUUGCAAAUUUGGGAAUUGUUUAUUGACAAAAUGGGCCAAAUUGGAAUAUUUUUAAAAAUUAAAUUUGAAAAAAAAUCUAUUUUUUGGGGAGGGGGGGGCUGAGGGAAAUUGGGGAGAAAACAAAUAUCUGUUUGGGAUUGGGUCCGUUUGCUUUGAGAUGAUGUCCCAUUUACGGUCUUUUUAACAUGGCAGAAAAACUGUUAUGCAACCACAGAAGCUCUCGUGUCUUUAUAGAGUAUAGGGUACCUCCCUACCAGCCUGCCUUACCUCUCAGGCUGUCUUAGAGCUACGCUGGCCCCAUAUGGCCAAAGAAUAUAUUUAUGACCCAGCUCAUAUAUGUUUAAUUGCAUUGAAAAUGCUCCCAAUGGCAUAGAUAAUUCUUUUGUUGUGAUUUUUUUUGCCUUGAUAUACUGGUAAUAUCAUAUUGAUUUUGAGAAUUAUUGCUGAAAAUAGCAAUCAUUCUUAGAUGAGUAGACUGCAACAUUUAUCAAAUAAAAUACCUUGUUUGUGACAGUCCGUUUAAAAAUUCUUUGAGUGGAGUCUUGGUAUCGUUUUGAUGUAUAUAUAGUAGAGAUGCAUAUGUUUGGUAAUGAAGGACAGUCCUACCUGUAUACAGCAGCUGGUCAUGGAUGUGGUCAUAGUGGCGGCUGAAGGCAGGUCGCUGUUAUAGUAAGGUGACCUUUUGUUAGAUGGUUGGUCAGCUAUUAGUGUCAUUCUCAUUGAAAAAAUAAACAUCAAAAGCUGAGAACACAUCUCACACACCUCAUUUUUAUACUGAAAACCAUAAGCUUAGCACAAAUAAUUCUAAAUUAAUCACAUUCAGCACUAAUUGCAAACGUCAACAAAUUGAGUGCACCUCACUAGCAAUCAGGUGAACAAAGUUAGUGCACCUCACCAGCAAUCAGGUGAACUUUUCCAGGCUCUUUUACAAUCCACUGGUUCCUAAGAAGUAAUAUCGCCAUAAAAAAGGCUAACACUAUGAUAAUGCUGAGAAUUGAUUGAGACAAUUUUAACAGAAAUCAAUCCCUUUCAUGCUUCAACACAAAGGCUUGUAAGUUUCAAAAGUUACUGUCAUUCGCACUUUUCAGCAUUACACUACAAUUUAAUUGUAUGGUCUUUUAGAACAAAUACUAUUAUACUAGUAGUUGUAUUGUACUGGUUGUUGUUAUAUCUCAACGUUUUACCUCCAUAUUUUGGAUGCCUCUAGAUUUCACAGGGAUUUCUCUUCACCAUGGCUAGCAUUUUCUCAGUUCUUAGUAACCACAGGGGAUGUAUUAAAUAUGUGUAUAUUCAUCUUUAAUAAACCCUGUUUGAAUAUUUGCAGAUGAAAAACAACAAGCACUUCCCUUGUGUAAAUAUCAACUUUCCUUCAGUAACUGUAUUUUCCACAAACACCCUGAAAUGCAGCCCUUUUUAUGACGGCCUUCUCUACUAACUGAGUUAACAAAACAAAUUUAUCUUAUGUCAGACUCAAAAGUAGGCAUUUACAAGAAUAUAUAUCAAGACAAUUAUUAAGUUGUGCACUAAAAAAAUGUAACAUACACACAGUUUUAGUUAAUGUAUUUUGUACAUUUCCUGUAACAUACAAACAAUUUUAGGUAAUGUAUCUUCUUUAUUUGAAUUUCCUGUAUUAAAGUUUUUAUUUAUACAGGUACAUGUACAAACACAGUGUGGAAUUGAUCUUGAAGCAAAAAAGUUACUUAAAAUGUUGGAAAAAACCCAAGUAAUAUGUUCUGUUUGCUUGUGGCAUUACAGAAAACUAAUUAUAACACUUAUAAGUUUUCAUUAGAUGUCUUGUUUUAAUACAGUAUGUUGUUAUAGCCUUGAAUAAUGCAAACAAUGCACAUUAAAAUUGACAAAGUA